UGGCGUUCAAAUGGAGGAUGCGUCAAUACUCAGAACUCACGACAAAAAAAAAAACACACUCACAUUCCAUUUAUUGGCCGCCUCUCUGUCUCUGUCUCUAUCUCUACCUCCUUCUCCUUCUCUGCCUUAUUAAGACCCUUCUACGCUUCUAGCUUUUCCCAUUUCAAUUUCAUCUUCAUCACUAUCAUGAACACCCUCUAUUCCUUCAUUCAAUUCAAAUAUCUGCUACUCUCUCUCUUACUGUUACCGUUAUCUAUUUCUUCUUCUGCUUCAGCUUAUAUAUUUUCUGAUGGUGAAAUAAGCAGUAGGAAUGAUUUGUUUCGUGAAAUCUUAAGGGAUGAGGCAGUGGCAAGGCUUAAUGAGCUUGGAAAGGUAAGUGAUGCAGAUGGCUAUCUUGAGAGAACAUUCAUGAGUCCAGCUUCUUUGAGGGCUGGUAACCUUAUUCGUGGAUGGAUGGAGGAUGCUGGUUUGAGAACUUGGGUAGACCAGUUGGGCAAUUUACACGGUCGAGUAGAGGGAAUGAAUGCAAGUGCUGAGGCUCUGUUGAUUGGUUCUCAUCUGGAUACUGUUGUUGAUGCUGGUAUAUUUGAUGGUUCGCUAGGCAUAAUCUCUGCAUUAUCUGCUCUGAAGGUUUUGAAUGUCAAUGGGAUGAUGGGAAAAUUAAGGCGGCCGAUUGAGGUGAUUGCAUUUAGUGAUGAGGAGGGAGUGAGGUUUCACUCUACUUUCUUGGGCAGUGCUGCUUUAGCUGGUGUUUUACCAGUUACAGCCUUGCAGAUAUCUGACAAGAGUGGCGUGACAGUGCAAGAUUCUCUGAAGGAAAACUCCCUAGAAAUUACAGAGGAAAACUUGUUACAGCUCAAGUAUGACCCAGGGUCUGUCUGGGGUUACGUUGAGGUUCACAUUGAACAGGGUCCUGUACUAGAAUGGCUUGGUUUUCCUCUUGGUGUGGUUAAAGGCAUAGCUGGCCAGACAAGACUAAAGGUUACAGUGAGAGGUUCACAGGGGCAUGCCGGAACUGUUCCUAUGUCUAUGCGUCAGGAUCCUAUGGUUGCUGCUGCUGAAUUAAUAGUACUGUUGGAAAGUAUCUGUAAAAACCCUAAAGAUUUUCUAUCUUAUGAUGGUCAUUGCAAUGAUAUAUCACUUGAAUCACUUUCCAGUUCUCUAGUCUGUACUGUUGGAGAGAUAUCAACAUGGCCAAGUGCAAGUAAUGUCAUUCCAGGCCAGGUGACAUUCACUGUGGAUUUACGAGCAAUCGAUGACAUGGGACGUGAAGCUGUUAUCUAUGAAUUAUCUAAUCAGGUGUAUAAAAUAUGUGAGAGGCGUUCUGUUUCAUGUAUCAUCGAUCGUAAGCAUGAUGCGAAUGCAGUGGUUUGUGAUUCUGAAUUGAGUUCUCAGCUGAAGUCUGCGGCUUACUCUGCACUCAGAAAAAUGGCCGGUGACAUUCAAGACGAAACACCUGCCUUAAUGAGUGGUGCAGGACAUGAUGCAAUGGCCAUGUCUCAUUUAACAAAGGUUGGAAUGCUGUUUGUCCGGUGUCGUGGAGGUGUAAGUCAUUCCCCUGCAGAGCAUGUAUUGGACGAAGAUGUUUGGGCUGCUGGUUUGGCAAUCUUGGUGUUUCUGGAGACCCAAUUGUAAAGUUAGAACCUUUGUUGUCAUUAAUGUACAGUAGAGCAGUCAUAAUAUCAUCAACAACGAUUCAAUAACUAAUCCAUGAUCUAGAAGAUGAAGAUCAGUGUUAAGUUCUUAGCAAUUCAGAAAUGGAUGAAAAGAAGAAUGAAAAUGAGAAAGAAAAUGAGAGUUACUUCAA